AUGGAGGUAACAAGAGUGAGAAACCUGGUCGGUCAGGGGGCAGGGGCGGCCGCGGGCACCGGGAAAGCAGCGCGCCGCGGCCCCUCGCCUCCCUCAGAGCGCUCCGCACCGCCGUCCCUGCCGACCUUCAGCGGGGCCGGGGCCAGGCUCCGACCGCCAGCAGUCGGCUCCUCCGUGCAGUCUCGGGUAGAGAGCCCGGUUCCUGCGCUAGUCGAUUUGUGCGGUAGGAAAGGAGGCUACAGGGGAUCUGUGCUGGGGCGGGAUAGCUGCCUUUCGGGACCCAGUCCUUGCAUCCUGGGAGAUGUAGGUGCUGAUCUGGUUAUUUCUCGGUUUAUGAAGCCAAAAAGGGCUGGAGGGGGCUGAUGAAGUGAAGCCUUUCGCUGUUACAUUCCGUUAACAGAAA